UUCAAGCUGAACAAGAAGCCGGGCGAGACCAAAGAAAAAGCCCCGAAGAAGCGGGCAGCGGCAGCCAAGCCCAAGAAGCCGGCGGCCAAGAAGCCCGCGAGCGCCGCCAAGAAGCCCAAGAAGGCGGCGGCGGUGAAGAAGAGCCCCAAGAAGGCGAAGAAGCCGGCGGCCGCCGCGGCCAAGAAAGCGGCCAAGAGCCCCAAGAAGGCGGCCAAGGCUGCGAAGCCCAAGAAGGCAGCGAAGAGCCCGGCCAAGGCGAAGGCGGUGAAGCCCAAGCCUGCCAAGCCCAAGGCGACCAAGCCCAAGGCGGCCAAGGCGAAGAAGGCGGCGCCCAAGAAGAAGUGAAUGAUAUUGGAAGAGUCCCAUCUGCCUGGCAGAUAAACCCAACGGCUCUUUUAAGAGCCACCCCACUUAUUCCUAAAAAGAGCUGAAACACUUUAAUUUUUUGAAGGAUAUCUGUAAUUUUUGUACAUGUUUAACUUGAUUUUUUAUGCACUGUUUUUGUUUACAGUCGAUUAGAUAAACAGCACACGCUGUCUGCGUUCAUGUUUUCCACCAGUACCGCGUAGCUCCGUCCCAGUGUUGACAACGGCACGCGGAACGUCUAGCUUAUUUCAACGCAUCCCGGCGGGAGUGAUGCAGAGAGCUUUGCGCAACUCACGAGAAAUCAGUGCGAGCCCAAAGUCCCUAUCAAAGCUGGACGACCGGAGCUGACGGUGACCACACGGCUGCCGUGCAGGGCCGGGCGCGGCUGCCUACGCUCAUCUCCGCCCAUCAGCUUGCCGGGGUGAGAAGCCGCGCUCGGAUGCGCUCCCGCCCGCGCCCCGGAGCGCUGCUGAUUUUUGAAAAGCCCGCGCUGCGCAAAGAUUGGCCCGGGCUCUCAGGCUUUUCUGAUGCACAGGGGAUUUCGGGUUAUAUAGGCGCCCCGUCUCUAAUCCAACACGCACUGGCUUCCCCUGCCUAGCGGAAGACGAUUAUGAACUUCCUGGGUACGUGUUUACCUUCCGUGCUCUAGACUUUCUCGCUCCCAGUCAAAAUCUGUCGCCUGGAAACUCCCCUGGAGAGGAAGUUCCUGGAAGGAACUCCCCUCCCCUGGAAACCCCUGGACCAAGCGGCUCGGAGCGGCAC